GCUGAGGGUUCAUCCAUUGCCAUUGUCGACCAGUGCCAUGAUAAUCUUCUGGAGAUGAUCCGUCCUCAGCGUCAAGCUCUCCUCACAGGUCCGCGCAUAACCAUUCACAUUGGCAACACAUCUGUCGCAGACAUCUACAAGCGCUCCGCGACGGCUGCAUCUUCUGUUUUGCACCGUCACUUCACUAACCACCCAAACUCAUUAGAGUACCGGUUCUCGCGUGGCCAGAUCCACCCCGGUGCCGUUCGCCUACUGCUUAUCAAGUGGAUACGUGAAGCUUGCAACGAAUUUGAGGCGCAUGCUGUACCAUAUCAGAAGACGUUUUUCGAGGACAUCGCUGUCCUACGAGCAGCUCGCUUGCUAGGCAUGGAGAGGUACUGCUCGCAUAUCCUAGGUGCUUACACCACCUACCUGAAGAGCGAACUUCCAAGCUAUGAAGAGAUUGUUAUCAUUGAGCAGAACGCUACGUCAGACAAGGAUCCGCUGUGGACUACCAUGGUUAACCAUCUCUGUCACGAACGCUUCAAAGGCCUUAUCCCUGAUGCAGAUGAGUUUGAGGAGUUCUUAGAGACGCAUGAUCGCCUCAAAACGGCAAUGGAAACCGCUGAUGCAUUCUUUGCAAGCUGUGCAAAGAGGUAUGCGGAUGCCCGCGAGAGCGAGCGCCGUCAGCGCCGUCAGCAGAACGAGGCCGAGAAGCGUGAGCGUAUUGAGCGGGAGAGGCGUGCUGCUCAGUCACUGAAGAAGAAGCUGGAUGGGGCUGGCUCAGGUCUAAUGACUGUCACGGCCGACGAGGCGAAGAUGCUGCGUGGUCGUAGCUACGCG